AUCGAACCACCGCAGCCAUGGCAUCAAGGGCCAUUCAGAAUCAGAUCGCCGCUGGCGCCGUGCCGAAUCAUGUCUCCAACGUGUGUCCAACCGGCACAAAGUUCUGGUUGCUGGAAGUGGGCUGGUUGGAGUGCGAUGAGGGCUUCGUGAUCAGAGGCGGCAACACGUCAAUGAAGAGCACAGAGAACCAGUCGUUCGUGAACAAGAGACGCCUGCUGCCCAUGUACUGUGUCUUGAUCGAGCAUCCAAUAGAAGGACUCAUUCUGUGGGAGACCGGCUGCGGAAAAGACUACCCGACAGUUUGGGGCCCCCAGGUGUCGGACCUGUUCACGAGAGUCAAGUAUGAGCCGCACCACGAGCUCGACGCGGCCAUUGAAGCAACAGGCCACAAGUUGGAAGACGUGAAGAAGAUCAUCAUUGGUCAUAUGCAUCUCGACCAUGCUGGAGGCCUGGACCUGUUCCUAGACCGCAAGGAUGUUGAGAUAUGGGUGCAUGAUCUGGAGCUCCGGAGCGCAUUCUGGUCCGUGGCAACUGGUGCAGAUGUUGGUGUUUACCUCAAGCACUACAUGAAGCUCGAUCUAAAUUGGAAGACGUUUGAUGAAAGAACGAUGGACUUCUGUCAGGGCAUCACUCUUCAUCACUUGCCUGGCCACACCGAUGGUCUCAUUGGCAUGCAGAUCAAUAUGCCUGACAGUGGCACAUUUCUAUUCAUUUCCGAUCACUGUCAUGUGAUUGAGAACUGGCGCGAUGGCAUUCCGCAGGGAUGGCUAGCUCGUGAUCAUCCAGCCUGGUUCAGAUCGACCCAGCGACUCAAGCAACUCGAGAGAACGACCCGGGGACAAGUCAUACCAGGGCACGACGAGUUCACAUUCCUAGCCAUGCAGAAGGCGCAGAAAGAGCGCGGUGGAUUCUUCACGUAAUAAUGUACAACAGUACCGCAGAAAUGGAGCAAGACGAAUGGAUGAUGCAUCCCGCUCAUGUCUCUGUUGCGCUCGAGUCGCUCUGAUUGUAGCUCUUGCUUGAUCAGGAAGAGGCUAUGGUAGGUAACAAGUUCAGCCCUGUGCUUCAAG